AUCUUAUUUUUUAUUCUUCCUCUUAUUUUUGUAACUUCAUUACUUUUUACACGUCUUAUUCAUCCUUUAUCUAUAUGUCUCACAUUAUUAAUACAAACUGUUAUGAUUUCGCUUGCGGCAGGGUUGAACAACAAUUCUUUUUGAUUUUCAUACAUUCUUUUUCUUAUUUUCUUAGGGGCUAUACUAGUGUUAUUUAUUUAUGUUGCCUCACUUGCUUCUAACGAACCAUUCAAAUUUUCAGCUACAGCUCUAAUAGUUAUUUCAAGAUUUUCUUUAUUUUUGACAAUUUUUAUAAUACUAAAAGACCCUCUUUAUAUUACUCCUGAUAUUUCUAUUAUUAGAUCAGCGAUUUCUUCAGAUAUGUUUUCACUUGAUACUACUUCUACUCUAGUAAGAACUAUUUAUAGACCUCCAGCAAUAUCUUUUACUUUAUUUAUAGUUCUUUACCUCCUAUUGACUCUUAUCGUUAUUGUAAAAAUUGUUAAUCUUUAUUCAAGACCACUUCGACUAUCCUAUUAA